AUGCCGCAGCUCCUCGACGCCCGCUCGUUUUACGACGAUCCGCCUCCCGCGCCGCGCACUCGCCUGGAAAACCACCCGACACUGCUCUUUAGUUGGUGGUGCACCUUGUUUUCCUUCGUCAUCAUCCUCUUUCGCCUGUGCGGCCGCUUCAUCCGCACAGAACGCUUCUUCCGCGAGGACAAGGUCAUGGCCCUGAGCAUUAUUCCACUGUUCGUGCGCAUGGGCUUUGUGCAUGUCAUCCUUCUGUACGGCACCAACAAUGUCGACAUAACCAACCUCACCGAUCCCCACCGUAUCUGGAAGCGUGAGAUUGGCUCCAAGCUCGUGCUUUGCUCGCGCAUCUCCUAUGCUGCAUUCAUCUGGACCGCAAAGCUCGGCGUCUGCGAGUUCCUUGCACGGAUGGUCGAGACUUUUUGGAGGCGCGAGUUCGAGCUCACUCUACGAUGGAUUCGAUAUUUUCUCGCAGCCACCUUCGUCGCCAUUGUCAUCGCAACCCUUGGAGAGUGCCAGCCGUUCAACCACUACUGGCAGGUCGUCCCAGAUCCAGGCCCAAAAUGCAGGACCGGCUAUGCUCAGCUCAUCACCAUGGGCGUUUGCGACAUGAUUACGGACGUCUUGCUGAUUUGUUUUCCAAUCCCCAUGGUCCUGAAGUCGGCAAUACCACUCAAGCGAAAAAUCCGCCUCGUCCUCUUGUUCUCCAUGUCCAUCAUCCUGAUUUGUAUCACCGGAGUGCGCAUCCCGGCGGUCAUCAGGCAUCAGGGUCGACAGCAGUACCGCACCGUAUUUGCCUCGGGCGAAAUCCUCGGCGCUGCGUCCGUCUCCAACGCCAUCGUCCUGGGAUCCUUUCUACGGGAUCGUGGUGUGAAGAAGGCGAAAAAGUACAAGUUCGGCUCGGUAUCUGAUAGCAUCGACCGAAACUCUCAACGAAGGCCAACCAUCACCUCUCAACAAUGGGGGAGUGACGAGGAUCUCAUCCGAGAGAUGGGCUGGAGGUUGCCAAAGGACCUGGAAGCCAAGUACCACAAACCGCGUCCGGCUCCAGUCGCGCUUCCUGCCUCACCUCUACCUCAUGUCAGAAAACCUUCGUUUGUUGGGAAUGGCAAGGGCUGGCAAUUCGCAGAUGCCCACGACAGCAUCAGAGACAGCGAGGAAUCAGAUCCAAAAUAUGCCGUAAUGGACGAUCCCGCGCCAAGUCACAAAGCCCCUUCAACGCAAAGGCUUUCAUUCUUUGACUACGACGGUUGCUCAGGACUUUGCAACGGCGCCUAG